CCGGCAUCUUCUGGAGAUGGCGAUGGAAGGAACACCGAACCUCUGGGCAAAAAGAAGACACAGUCAAUGGCAUCUGAUAUCUGUGCGACAAUACAAUGGUGCCGCCCGCUUGCAGAGGGAAUAUUUGGCACGGUGUGAACACAGACCAGUCUGUCACGGAGCCUCCGGGACCGCUCCCUCCACCAGGACCGCCUGUGGGGAUGUCUGCUCUCCAACAGCUCAGAACAUCCAUCGUCUGGUCUCAGGAAGACAUCUUCAAUGCUACCAGGACCGAGUUCUCUGAAGUCCUGCGAUCCUCGUUGAACUUUCUUCUGCCGUGGACUGUAUCCAUCGGGUGAAGGACAUGGAGCCGGAGCAUUCAGUGCCCGAGUGCCCGAUUUGCUUCAUGACGUACGACAACAUCUUUAAGACCCCCCUGCUCCUGCCGUGCUCGCACACCUUCUGCAUGGAGUGCUUGUCCAAGCUUUGCAUCUUUCAGAAGGAGCUGGAAACGUUCUGCUGCCCCAUGUGCCGGGCGGUUGUCACCAUCCCACCAGGGGGCGUCCCUCAGCUACCCCCUAACAUAGACAUUGUAUGCCGCUUCCAGCCGUGGAUGGGCGAGCUCCAGAAAGUGUGGAUGGAAGGGUCUAAACUGUGCUGGAAGAAGGACAACGGCCAGAACUGCGUCACCAGCACGCAGAACACGUUGGCUCAUUUCCCACCAGGACAGGACGAGAACAUGGUCAUCAGCGUCUUUCUCCUGAGUCCUGCCCAACCACAUUUCUCGCGUCCUGGAGAUCUGGUGAUUGUCCCGCGGCAGCCUCAUUACCACCGGUGCAACCUGAUCCUGCGGAACUACGGCUGCAUCUUGUGGAUCUUCAUCUGCUGCUUCCUCAUGCUGUUUUUCGUGGUGUUCUUCCCCACGUAUUUGUGCCGUUGACUCGGUGGAUCUGAGGUGGUCCACCACUCUUCAUUGGGAACUCAAGAUGUCAACGUCCCACCGGCUCCGGACUCUAUCAGAGACAGUUUCCAAAGAACUAGCUGUGGCCCCUCCAUCCUAGACAUAUCUGAAGGACGUAUAUCCCAUCAUCCAGGGUGAUACACCCCCGUAUUUACAGAUGGUAUGGACCAAAUAGGGAGAAUCCAUUCCCAGCUUCGGCAGUCACCUAUUCAUCCGUAACGUACUUUUGUUUGGUUAUUAUA